UAACAUUACCUGGUACAAGGAGAAAGAAGACUGACCAAGAGCAUCAGGACAGAUCUUCUCCAUCACUGUUGACGAGAGGAAAGGUGUCUUCAAAGACAUAAACGUCCUUUACUAGAGGUGAGAGGAGCAGCUAUGAGUUUGACUGCAGCAGUGAGUGGAUGUCUUGUCUUCCUUCUCUCUGUGUCAGUGAUACAGGGUCAGAAUGACUGGAGAAUGACUUACCCUUCUACUCAGGUCUGUGGCUUAAAGAGAUCAACAGUGAACAUACGCUGCGUCUACACAUUCCCAUCCAAGAUAAAAGACCUUGAUACUAAGGUUAAAGAAACCAUCUGGUUUACUAAAGGGACUGAUAUUGAACCUGUGGAUCUGAAAACAGACUCAGAGUAUUCAGGUCGUGUACAGUACAGUUCUAACAACAACGACUGCACUCUGACAAUCAGAGACCUGAGAGAGAGCGACUCAGCUGAGUACAAGUUCAGGUUCAUAACAAACCAACCAGGUGGGAAAGUUACUGGUAAACCUGGAGUCACUUUGUCUGUCACAGAUCUGCAGGUUGAAGUGACGAGACCACAGCACAUCUUGUAUCCUUCCUGGGCAAACCUGCACUGUCAGAGCAGUUGUCCUCUACCUGCUCCCACUUCCUACAUCUGGUACCAGAACGGACAGAAGAUAAAGGAAGACAGGUCCCCUCAUUAUGCAAACUACAUUUAUUAUUCACCAGACAGCUUUUCCUGUGCUAUAUCAGGAUAUGAGGACUUCCCCUCUCCUCCAGUGUGUGAGUUUACUUUCAGUCUUUCAUUGACGUAACACCAUCUGCUGGAGCCUUUUACAUUUUAUAUGAUAUACUAACUGUAUAUAACUCAGUGGAUUUGUAGUGUGCAUUAUUACAGGAAACCACAUAAACUCACUGCUGCAUUAGAUUGUAGACAUGCUGCAUGAUAAUCUCUUCCUGGUCUUCACUGUCAAAUUAGAAAAUUGA